UCCCCAGACUCUAUAGUCAGGAUGAGUCAUUCUCACAAGCUUGCAGAUCAGCUGUCAGUGUUUUGUCUUUUCCUCAUUCACUAGCAACACUGGCACUGACAGGAUGGCACAGCCAGAGUGGACAAGUAUCUUCCAGAUGAAAACAAGAGAUCUUGAACAAGGAGACACCUGGCGUCUGGAGUUUGAUGAAAGUAUUGUACCUGACCACCCAACCCCAGGCUGGGAGCAGUACAUCAGGAACACAUGUGCAUGGUUCAAAUGCACCAAGUGUGGAAGAGGCUGGCCUUCCAACCGGGUAAUGGUGGUCUUUCACAUGUGCCUGACAUAUGGACAUGGCGUUGUCAAGGUUAGGCCCUUCCGUCAGAAUUGCAAGCAGUGCAGCAGAGCUCCAAUGGAGAAGCCCAGCAUCACCUCAGAGAACAUCGACAUCCUCCUGGAGAAUCUAGUGGAGAAGAUAAGAAUCAAAUGCUACCAUGAAGACCUGGGCAAAGAAUACAGGCCUUUUGUUAGCCUGGAUGUCAAAAGUCCCCAUGAGCCUGAUCAUUGUGAGGCCUGCAUGGCAGGAUUCUGUACAAGGAAUUGAGCUUGUGUGGCUUUUAAGCAAGCUUUGUUAAUAACUAAAAUUAUAAUAAUUAUUAUUUAUUAGCAAAAGCAUUUUACAACUUGUCCUCCUGUUGUUCUGUUUUGUUGUAUUGUGCCCUUUAUCAUGUAUUUUAUGUAUACAGUAUAUAUACUGUAUGUAUGAUGUAUGUGAUUGUAUAUACUGUACAUACAUAUAAUCAAGUGCAUGUAAACUUUAUGUAUUCUUGUUGGCAGUUGUCUUUAAAAUAUGAUUUGGAAUGCACAAAGCAUUAAACAAGCCUGUUUACAAUCACACAUGUUAUUGAUGAAUAAAGGAUAUACAAA